AUCUUUGUGAGUAAACUAAGAGCGACGGAUAUAUAUGAAGAAACAAGAAAGUUUUUCCUUAGAGAAAGGAGAAGACUCUCAAGAGUUUGAUGAUGAUGGACAGCCUAGAAGAACAGGGACAUGGAUGAGUGCAAGUGCGCACAUAAUAACAGCAGUGGUAGGAUCAGGAGUGUUGUCACUCACAUGGUGUUUAGCCCAAUUGGGUUGGGUUUUUGGGACAUGUUUGCUUGUAGUGUUUGCAGUGAUAUCUUGGUACACAUGCAUCUUGCUCACCGACUACUAUAGAUCUCCUCAUCCUGUUACAGGAGCUCGAAACUACAACUACAUGCAAGCUGUCAAGACUAAUCUUGGUGGGCGCCAAUUCAUAUUGUGCGCAAUAGCUCAAUACGAAACUCUCGUCGGUGUAAGCAUCGGGUACACCAUCACUUCAUCAAUCAGUAUGGGGGCGAUUAGAAGGUCGAACUGUUUCAGAAAAUAUGGUCAUGACAGGGGGUGUCACACAUUGAACAGUUAUUAUCUAUUAAUCUUUGGGUUUAUAGAACUUGUUCUGAGCCAAAUACCAAACUUCCACAAGCUAUCGUUCCUUUCCAUCAUUGCGACCAUCAUGUCUUUUGUCUAUUCAACCAUUGGCAUUGGGCUCUCCAUUGCCAAAAUUGCAGGAGGUGCCCAUCCUCAAACAAGUAUUGGAAUGCCACAUAGAGAAGAUAUGUCAAGCAAGGAUAACAUGUGGAACAUUUUUUGUGCCGUAGGAGACAUUGCUUUUGCCUAUGGUUUCACCUCAAUUCUCUUUGAGAUACAGGAUACAUUAAAAUCAAGUCCUCCGGAGAACAAAGUCAUGAAAACGGCUACAACUAUUGGUAUUUCAGCUUCUACCUCAUUCUACAUGUUGUGUGGACUACUUGGAUACGCAGCAUUCGGUAACGACGCACCAGGAAAUUACUUGACCGGGUUUGGUUUCUACGACCCGUUUUGGCUUGUGGACAUUGCGAAUUUGUGCAUUGUUAUACACCUCAUUGGUGCUUACCAGGUAAUAGUCCAACCGAUUUUCGCAUUCGUGGAGAAUUGGAGUCGCAAAAAGUGGCCCGAAAGCAGAUUCGUGAACAAAGAAUAUGCCUUUGGCAACUAUAGAAUCAAUCUUUUCAGGUUAAUCUGGAGGUCAACAUAUGUUCUGCUAGUAACGCUAGUAGCGAUGAUGUUUCCAUUUUUUAAUGCGUUUCUUGCUUUAAUUGGCUCGACAACGUUCUGGCCAUUGACAGUAUACUUCCCCAUAGAAAUAUACAUUGUGCAGGCAAAGAUUCUGAAGAGUUCAUUUCGGUGGAUUUGGUUGAGGGCACUGUGCUUGGUGUGCUUGGUUGUAUCUGGUCUUGCAGCUGCUGGAUCGAUUAGAGGUCUUGUUAUGUCCGUCCAAACCUCCAAGCUCUUUCUAUCAGUGUCUUAGGUCUUGGUAUUAUAUUUGCUUUGUGUUAAAAACGUUGAUAUAAAAACAUGCAGGUGGGAUCUUAUAUAUGCAUCUUUUAUGCCUUGAUUGCCUUCUAAUGCUUUAAAGUUUAUGAAUCUGAUCAAAAGUCAAAACACAUAAUCAAAGGUUAUUUGUUU